AUGGAUUCUAUUCAAAUUUAUGCAGCAGCUAUAGGAGGUAUUCUUCUAUUACUACUAGCACAAAGUAUGAUUCGUCAACUGGGUUACCGAAUCAUGUUUCUUUCCCGACUAGCACGUUUCUUUGCUCAUAUUACUCAGCGACCUUGGUUCUUUUUCCUCAAGCAUUUCGUAUAUUCGUUUAUUUUAAAGCGCAAGACUUUUAUUGGACCAAUUUCACGUUCCGAAUUCAUUGCCCAGUUGAUCUAUUGGGGAGGGACGGCAACUUGUAACAUGUUCAAGGUUACCACUACAUCGGCUGCUGGGACUCGAGCUGGCCAGCUGGCGGUGGUCAACCUUGCUUUGUUAUUCUUUGGAAGACGUUUUGAGUUGCUGUCAGAUCUGUUAGGCAUUCAAUCAGCCACCUACCGCCGUAUACAUCAAACAGUGGGAUUAAUGACCUGUCUUCAAGGCUCUGUUCAUGCUCUUCUUAAUAUUAGACGGGCUAUUUCAACUUCUUACGAAUUAGGUAGUCCCAAGGCAGAAGUUGAUAAUACUGCAGGCAGCAGCUGGUAUGGCAGCGAUUUCCUUCAUAGCAGUAAUGAGUCGAUGCUGUGCGUUUACUACAAGACUCCAUUUUACCUUGAGCAUCUUUGUGUUGGUGACGCUCUGGCGUCACUUACAGGCGAAAAAUACUUUAUUGUCGCUUUGAGAAAUGUAUCAGCAUCCAGAAUAGGAUGCAGAGCAGAAAUACUGCGCAGUCGGGACAAGUCAGCAGCGCAGAUUAUGAUUCUGCUGAACCGCCCUUUUAAGGUCCGAGCGGGUAUGUCGCUGCACAUAUGGAUACCUGGGUUGGGAAUUCGGUCGUUCUUUGGGAGCCACUCGUUUCCUAUAGCGUGGUGGGAAAAUGAUAUGCAAGGACGGGCGAAAGUUAUCUCACUACUGGUUAAACCCAAGUCAGGCUUUACUAAACGAUUGCUGUAUAGUAAACCUCACCAGUUGAGAACGUUUAUAGAAGGACCAUAUGGGGUGCCUAUUGAUUUCCUUGGUUAUGAUCGGAUUCUGAUGGUUGCAACUGGGAUUGGGAUAGCAGCCCAGCUAUCAUACCUAAAAGAACUUGUAGGGAUGAAGGACGAGAAAAGAUCAACGAGGACGUUGUACGUGGUAUGGCAAGUUGAUGAUGAAUCGAACUUGGACUGGGUGCAUCAGUGGAUGGACCAGUUACUGCUAAUGGAUCGGGGAGUAUAUAUGCUCAAGUUUGGCAUAUACGUGCCGCCCUCGGAUAACGAAGCCCCGACGGCUUGGAACAGUGAGCACAAUCGAAUCUGGAAGAUUCCAGGAACAAUCAACCCAGAAAAGAUCGUAGGCAAUUGGUGGUCUGAUAAUGGAAAAGCUUUGAUUACAGUUCUAAUAUUACAACAGUUUCUGCAAAUCAAGAAAUUCGUGACGGAAUAA